AUGUCCUCUAUUACAGAAACUCGCCAAGGCUUGGUUGGCACCUGGUCUCUCAUUGAAUAUAAGGCAGUGCGAGCCGACAAUGGGCUUGUUAGCCACCCUAUGGGUCCCAAAGCUGAAGGAUUCCUCAUUUACACCCCCGAUGGCUUUGUUUCUGCCCAUUUGAUGGAGCCGGGAGCUCCAGAAUUUUCAGACGCCGACGUUGCAGGAGGUACUAAGGAUGAGCUAUAUCGAGCCAUGAAGCAUUAUCUUGCGUAUUGUGGCCGUUUUGAGUUGAGUGAAUCGGAUGGAAAAGUUCUCUUGAGGCACUAUAUGGACGUUUGCUCGUUUCCAAACUGGAUUGGUACUUCACAGGAGCGUGUGAUCACGCUGAAGGAUGCCAUCUUGGAGAUCAGUACUGCCGAGCCCGUUAUGCAUGGUGGGCAUCUUCAGCAUGGGUCGCUAGUGUGGCACAAGUCUUAG